GUUUGUGUAUAGAGGGAGGAGUGGAAAAGUUUUGUUUAAAAGGACCGCAUAUCUUUAACAAUUUACAAACUGAAACAUGGCAGUCUGCAAAGCACUAUGCUGGACUCUGUUGGUUGCCUUCCUGGCAAAAGGGUGUUACUCACAGUUGAAUGUGUGUGGCCAGGCUGCACUCAACUCCAAGAUUGUGGGUGGUCAGGACGCCCCAGUGGGAGGCUGGCCCUGGCAGGCGAGUCUACAACGAUCAGCCUUCCAUUUUUGUGGAGGAUCUCUCAUCAACAACCAGUGGGUUCUGACUGCUGCUCACUGUUUCUCCAGCACCAGCCUAUCAAAACUGCAGGUCAUCUUGGGAGCUAAUAGCCUGGAUCGACCCAAUCAAAACCAGGUGUCCAGCUCAGUGGCAAAGAUCAUCUGCAAUCCCAACUAUAAUGACAGUACCAGCGACAAUGAUAUGUGUCUGCUGAAGCUGUCCUCUCCUGUGACUUUUACCAACUAUAUCCAACCUGUCUGCUUAGCAGCACCUGGCAGCACCUACAAUGCAGGCAUCGUCAGCUGGGUCACUGGUUGGGGGACUAUUAAUUCAGACGUAAACCUCCCCUCCCCUAGGAAUCUCCAGGAAGUAGAUGUGCCUAUAGUGGGGAACAGACAGUGCAACUGUAACUAUGGAGUGGGCUCUAUCACAGACAACAUGUUGUGUGCUGGUUUAAAAGCUGGAGGAAAGGACUCCUGUCAGGGUGACUCGGGGGGUCCCUUGGUCAGCAAACAGGAUGGUCGCUGGAUCCAGUCUGGAGUGGUGAGUUUUGGCAAAGGCUGUGCUCUGGCCAAAUUCCCAGGAGUCUAUGCCAGAGUAUCCAAGUACCAGACGUGGAUCAACAGCAUAAUCACCAGCAGCCAGCCAGGAUUUGUUACUUUCAGCUCUAGUGGAACUGACUCUGACCUAAGUACCAACUGCACUGGCUUACCACCAGCCAACAAUGGAGCUUCCCCAGCUCAGGCCUCCUUCUCUUCUCUCCUUCUCUUGUCCCUCAACAUUGUCUUGUUUUUCCUCAAAUAAGGUUUGAUGAACCAGAACACUGCCACAAAAGUUUAGAAUUCCAUAACAUGUUUCUAGGAAGUUUGCUUUCAGUCAUGAAUGUUUACAACCUAUUUUGCCCUAAAUCAUUUAAGGACAUUUUGUCAGUGACACAGAAAACAUACUCAGGAAUUGUUUUUUUUUUAUUAUAAAGGGCUGAUGUAUUUAAGCAAUGAUAGGAUUCCACAAAUUAGGACAAAUAUUUUCUUACAAGAAAAUGUUUCUAGUCAAGCAAUGCAGUUAAAUUGGAAUAAGCUUUGUCAGAUUCAGUUUGUAAUUUUUUUCACAGUACAUAUAGUCAAAGAUUAUGUAUUCUUUCAAAUUUUUAAAAUGUAUUUCACAGAUUUGAAUGACUAGCAGCACUAAAACCAACCUGUGUCAUAGUAAUCGGCACUGCAUUCACCAUGUUGCUCUUUUGAGGGUCUACCUCAUCUGUAGCCACAACUAAAGUGUACUGAAUCUCUCUAGAAGAUUAUAGUAUACUCAAGUUAUUUCUUAUCAGGGAUAUACUGCACAUAUAUGUAUUCCAUAAUCGAAGAGAGUUGUGGUUGUCUUUAUGAAGGAUUUACAGUUUUCUGAUUUUUUGUUUAGAUGAUUUAUUAUUUUAUUAUGAAAGAGUUUUACUGUAAAAGUCAUUUCUGAGAUUUCAUGGCUUAGAUAUUGCACCUGCAGUUUCACAAAUGUUAUGUUUACAUCAUAAAUUAAUUUAGCAGACACUUUUAUCCCCAGCAAUGUAUGAAGUCAAUGGCUGGAUUGCACUGUGUUUAUAUCAAUCUAAAGUUUCCUUGAGCAUGUCAUUGGACCUUUCAGACACACGUAGCCUACUCAACAAACGAUAUGAUGCAAAUUUAAGGGAAAUAACAAAUGUCAUCACUGGCUAUUGGUGGGACAUACAGAAUAGAUCAUUUUACAAGCAAGUUUUAAAAACAUUUCCUUGCAUGUAUGGUUAGCACUUAAUGAAAGAUAUACAGUUAUAAAAACGAUUUACACUGAUUCAAAUCACUAUAACAAUUGUGUUUCUGUAUUGCCAUUUAAACAUUUUAAUUAACAUAAUUUUAAUAAAUUAAAACAAGCUAUGCUGACUAAAUAUAAUAAUUUAAUCAGAAAGGUGUUAAAUGUAUUUCUGAAUAGUUAACCAAGUAUAACAUUUCAUUUGGGUUAUAAUCAUAAUUAGAUCAUUUUCUUAUUAAAUUAAUACAUCUACACACUAAUGAUAAAAUAUGAUUGUUUCAUCUGUAUUAAAACAUUAUUCACUAA